UAAAGCAAAUCAAGAAUAAGUAAUACAAAUGCUUUACAAACUAAUAACAUUUGCAUUUUUAGUCCGUGUGUGGACAGCAUUAGCUUACAAAUAUGAAGUUCAGUUCCGUGAUGAGAAAUUCUUUUUGCCAUGUGAAAAAUAUCCGAAUAAUUCUCUAGACACAGUUAUAAAGAGACCUGAAAAUGUAACAGUCCUAUCAGAUUCUGCUACUUACUUUUACGGAGAUGUUGUAAUCAUAUAUGAUUUUGAUCCAUUACAAAAAUAUGAGACCAACAUGGAAUUUUUUAAAUUUAGUCGUGGCAGCUGGCAAAAAACACUUUACAGCAUUCGUCGUGAGGACUUUUGUACCAGCUUUUUUAAUCCUUCCGAAUUGUGGUCCCCCUUUCUUAAGGAAAUGCCAGCAGAACAACGUAAAUGUCCGUUUAGAAAAGGGCAAAUAUUUUCCGUCAAUGCUACUACGGAUCAAUCAUUUGAAAUGCCUACUGGUUCGUUGGAAGGUGAUUAUUGGGCUCAUUUCGAGGCAGGCGAUAGAAAGAAUUUAGAUAUGUUUUUUUGCAUAGAUAGUUAUUUUAAUAUCUAUCGGGUUUAAUGGUUGGCAAAGAGUAAUAUUUAUAAUAAAUAACUUUUAUAAAAAUAUAUUAUAUUCUUUAAUGUUCCACGCAAAGAUUAAGAUUUAAGAUAUAUUAAUUACUAUUAGUUUUACAUUACAAAUAGUUUUGACAACUUUCGUGAAUCGCAACUUUCCUUCAUUUCGGCCAAUUUUUAU